CGAGGUGGCCGUCAAACUGGUCACCGCCCUCUCAUCAUGCAGCAUGGGCGAAAACAGCACCAGACCGACAAGCGACAUCUGAGGAGCGGACCGCUCCGUUUUCAAGGCUUUUGAGCGCUUCAAAGUGAUGUUCCAACAAUGCCGAUCGUGGACAAACUCAAGGAGGCGCUAAAGCCCAGUCGAAAGGAGUCGGGCGAUGACGGCGAUCUGAACAAGCUGCUGGCCUCGUCGGCCAAGAAGGUGCUCCUGCAGAAGAUCGAGUUUGAGCCCGCCAGCAAGGGUUUCUCCUACCAGCUGGACAGCCUGAAGAACAAGUACGUGAUCCUCAAUCCCAGGAAUGAGGACGCCGCCGGGCAGAAGGCGGCCGAGAUCCCCCAAAUCAAGAGGCAAGAGAACACGGUCGAGGGCCAGGGCGACGGCAUCGCCGCGCCGCAGAAAAUGCUCUUCCCGGCCAACAAGCUGACCCUCAAGUGGGAGCGGGUGUACAGGGUGGGGGCCGGCCUCCACAACCUGGGCAACACCUGCUUCCUCAACUCCACCGUGCAGUGUCUCACCUACACGCCGCCGCUCGCCAACUACCUGCUGUCCAAGGAGCACAGCCGCGCCUGCCACCAGUCGGGUUUCUGUAUGAUCUGCGUCAUGCAGAACCACAUCAUCCAGACCUUUGCCAACACGGGCAACGCCAUCAAGCCCGUGUCCUUUAUCAGAGACCUAAAAAAAAUUGCCCGACAUUUCCGCUUCGGUAGCCAAGAGGAUGCGCACGAGUUCCUGCGGUACACCAUUGACGCCAUGCAGAAAGCCUGUCUCAACGGCUACCCAAAGCUUGACAGGCAGACGCAGGCCACAACGCUAGUGCACCAAAUCUUUGGAGGUUACCUGCGGUCCAGAGUGAAAUGUUCCAUUUGUAAAAGUGUGUCCGACACAUACGACCCUUACCUGGAUAUCGCUGUGGAGAUACGGCAAGCUGUCAACAUUGUGCGAGCCUUGGAGCUUUUUGUUAAACCGGAUGUUUUGAAUGGAGAGAAUGCCUACAUGUGUGCCAAGUGCAAAAAGAAAGUGCCGGCGACAAAGCGUUUCACCGUCCAUCGAACAUCAAAUGUGCUGACGCUUUCCCUCAAGAGGUUCGCCAACUUCAGCGGAGGGAAAAUAACAAAGGAUGUUGGCUAUCCAGAGUUCCUCAACAUCCGCCCCUACAUGUCUCAGAGCGCAGGCGAUCCCGUCAUGUACGGCCUCUACGCCGUCCUGGUUCACUCCGGCUACAGCUGUCACGCUGGACACUACUACUGCUAUGUCAAGGCAAGCAAUGGACAAUGGUACCAAAUGAACGACUCCAUGGUGCACUCUAGUAACAUCAAGGUGGUCUUGAACCAGCAGGCUUAUGUGCUUUUCUACUUGAGGAUCCCAGAAACAAAGAAGAAUGCAGACGGCCACAUUGGCAAACAGGGAAUGUUGCAUUCUGGGAAGAACAGUGUUUCGUCAGAGCAAAUAAAACGGGUCAAUCUAAACGGACCGCUCUCUUCCCCGCAGGUCACAAAGAAACUUGAGCCAGCGCAACUGCGUAAGAUCCAGUCCAUGGAUGGCGGUUUGGGCCUGCCGGUCGCCAGAAACGGCACGAGCAGCCAGCCGCCGCCCCAGCCCCGACUCUCCGGCUGGACGUCGUCUUCCAACGGCGGCCCCAAGGUGUCCAGCGGGCCCACGGUUAUCGAGGAGCCCUUCAAGAAGCUGAAGAAGCCAGAGAGUCAGAACCAGUCGCGCUGCGGCACGCCGACGGCGUCCAACAGCAACGGCGUCGGCAGGGCGGACGGAGACAAAAAGCAAGACAGCGGCAGAGGCCUCACUCCGUCUACCUCAUUCAAGUCUCUGUCCGACUCCUCCUUCGCCGACACCGCCGAAUCAAAGGACACCGCGAGUCCGAAGAGCGCGCCGGCAGGAGGUGCUCCCUCUACCUCUCGCAAAGCUUCUAGCGUCACGGCGUCUCCGGUCAAGAGCGUGGAGCGCUCGCACAGCGCCGAGGAGCAGAAGACGGUGAAAACGAAACCCCCGGCCCUCAACAACAUCACGUCGGAAGCCAAUGGCAGCACCAUGUCGCCGCCGCCCGCCAAGAAGCUGGCGCUGUCGGCCAAGAAGGCUCGCAGUCGGAGUCUGAGCAGCAUUGAGGCUCUGCGGCGACUGUCCGGCGACCCCCUUCAUCCAAAUCACCCUAACCACCCCGCCGCUACGCCUAACACUCACAGAGCUUCAUCCCAUUCCCCGGAAAACCACUCAUCUCCUUUGAAAUGGUUCCAUCUCGCCAUGCCGCACGCCAGCCCGUCUCUGAACGGCUUCCACCGUCCUGCGCAAAACAGCCCCGAGUCCUCCCACCAGCCCCAAGAAGAACCAAACGUCCCUCCUACUCAAAACGUCAACCAAAAGAAGAAGAGGAGAAAGAAGCGGCGCCACUCCGAGGUGGAAGCCGACGCGGGUGCGGUGGCGAAGGCGCCGUCCAACCUCGCCGGCGAAAAGAAGAAAAAGAAGAAGCGAAAGAGAGAGCAAGACGACGGUGAGAAGACUGCGCCGAGAGAAAGUGCCCCGUCCCAUCUGGAUCCGUCCAAGCAGGAAGAGGACGACUGGUGCCAGGGCGGCAUUUGGAGUCUCUCCCGCCCUCAGGUAGCCGAGGAGCCCAAACAGAAGCGAGACUCCGCCGCGGAGGCCACAUGUCAGACCAAUGGGAAAGAACAUGCGGUAGACUGUGGGUUGUUGAAGAAGAAGAAGAAAAAGAAGAGGAAAAAGGUGACGCUGAAAGCUCCGCAGGACACAAAUUCAACGUGUGUCGCAUCAGAAAGCCGUACCGAGGCCGCUGCCGAUCCGAGCGACGAGAUCGUGCUCACAAAGAAAGUGAAAGUGAAGAAGAAGAAGAAGAGGCUGAAAGAAGAGGACGAAGAGAGUCAGCCCAGCUCGGAGGGAAAGAACGGCGACGCAGCGGAGCCCCCGCCCAAAAAGAAAGCGGCGGGGGGUGAAAAGCCACGCAAACGGAGCACGGCCUCUGUGGUGGUUUGGGACAGCCAGGUGAAGGACGGCUACAGGCGUUGUCAGGCGCCAGCGAGCGAUGCGUCGGGAGAAGCCCUGGCGCGCGCCAUCGCUCGCGGGUCCUGGGACGGCAAAAAGAGCAGCGACGUGGUGGAGGAGCUGCUCCGGAACGCCUCGGACAAAGCCUACGGCGCUAGCGUCCUCAGUUGGGACGGCGACGUCUCCGCCAUCAGUCGAGAUGCCAUCCAAGAUGUCCGCCGUGCCAAGUGUGACACUGUGAUCGACGAGUGGGACGAAGACUUUGAUAGUGGGAAGGUGAAGAAAACAAAGAGCUUCAAGAGGGAAAAGUGGCGAGGCGGCAGCAGCAUCUUCCAGAAGAUCCAGGACCACCGCAACAAGUGGUCCGUGACGCCCGGCGGGAAGCGAGCCUUUGCCGGGCGUCGCUGACACUAGCCGACUGGAAACCAAGACAACACCAAAAAACAACAACCUGUAACUCUUCCACUUUUUUGUUCUCAGUUGUGAAUGAGCCAAUCACAAACAAUGGGACUGAUGGACCACCA